AGGGCGCGGAAGCGCGGAGCGAGUUUGGUUGCACUUACACCGGUACUUAAGCGCGGACCGGCGUGUCCUUGGACUUAGAGAGUGGGGACGUCCUGCUUCGGAGCGGGAAUCUUUGUUGCGCCAGCGACUAAAAAGAGAAUUAAAUAUGGGUGAUGUUGAGAAAGGCAAGAAGAUUUUUAUUAUGAAGUGUUCCCAGUGCCACACCGUUGAAAAGGGAGGCAAGCACAAGACUGGGCCAAAUCUCCAUGGUCUCUUCGGGCGGAAGACAGGUCAGGCCCCUGGAUACUCUUACACAGCCGCCAAUAAGAACAAAGGCAUCACCUGGGGAGAGGAUACACUGAUGGAGUAUUUGGAGAAUCCCAAGAAGUACAUCCCUGGAACAAAAAUGAUCUUUGUCGGCAUUAAGAAGAAGGAAGAAAGGGCAGACUUGAUAGCUUAUCUCAAAAAAGCUACUAAUGAGUAAUAAUUGGCCGCUGCCUUAUUUAUUACAAAACAAAUGUCUCAUGACUUUUUUAUGUGUACCAUACUUUAAUAGAUCUCAUACACCAGAAUUCAGAUCAUGAAUGACUGACAGAAUAUUUUGUUGGGCAGUCCUGAUUUAAAACUAAGACUGGGUUGUGGUUAAAUGAAUAUGUUCAGUUUUUGAAUUUUAAUAGUAAUUCCAAUUCAGUAAAUGCCAUCACUGUUUACCCCUUCUAAAGAUAUUAUUAGACUUUGUUAGUAAUGUUCAACUUUUCGCAAAGAUGGUGAGUGCCAUCUUAAAACUUACUGGAGAUUGGUUUUAUAUUUAGAUUUAUAUAGCUGGUUAUGUGAAUAUAUUUAAAUACUGGGGAAAUUCCUUCACUGUCUCAGAACCAAGCAAGAUUCACCUGUGUUUUGUGUUCAUUUGCCUCUUAAAGGCAAGGGUUGAAGAUAAAUAAGGUAGCAAUGUCUAGAAUUUUGGCCUUAACGCUGCCAAUCUAAUUAUAAUUCCCUGUAUUUAAAAUGGUUCCUUUUACUUAUUGAAAAGCAUUUUAGUAUGGUUUAUGUGUAAUAUUAAAGAUAUUCAACACUUCUCACAUCUUACAAAUCUAUAAGGUCACAUGCUUUUAAAAUAGUAGCAAGUUAAACUUCACUCUGAAUUCUUUACAAUCUAAGUCAAACUAAGUUAUAAUUUAGGAUUGUCUUUAAACAGCCAUUCAGAAACAUAAAUCUGUAGAACUGUGUAUUUGUGAUUGGGAAUGGUGCUUUUGCCAACUUAAAAGGAUUAAAGUAGCGGAGAUAUACACAAAUUUUAAAAUUAUGUGUGAUCGCAAGACUAAAGAUAAUUAAAAAGAAAACCACAGAUCAUGA